GUGCAGUUAUUCAAAAUGGUUUUAGCAGAUUUAGGUCGAAAAAUAACGACUGCUUUGCAGUCGUUAAGUCGUGCUACUAUAAUCAAUGAAGAGGUUUUAAAUUCUAUGCUUAAACAAAUAUGUGCUGCUCUUUUGGAAGCUGAUGUGAAUAUUCGUUUAGUUAAAAACCUUAGAGAAAAUGUCCGUGCAGUCAUUGAUUUUGAUGAAAUGGCCGGAGGUCUUAACAAGAGACGAAUGAUCCAAUCCGCAGUCUUCAAAGAAUUAGUAAAGCUUGUAGAUCCAGGAGUAAAGCCGUACCAACCAGUCAAAGGCAAACCAAACAUUAUUAUGUUUGUAGGUUUGCAGGGUUCAGGUAAAACAACAACAUGCACAAAGUUGGCUUAUCAUUACCUGAGAAAGAAUUGGAAGUCAUGUCUUGUUUGUGCUGAUACAUUCAGAGCUGGUGCUUACGAUCAAGUGAAACAAAAUUGUACUAAGGCCAGGAUACCGUUUUAUGGAAGUUAUACGGAAGUAGAUCCAGUUGUAAUAGCUUCUACUGGUGUAGAGAUGUUUAAAAAGGAGGGUUUUGAGAUGAUAAUCGUGGAUACCAGUGGACGUCACAAACAGGAAGAGUCAUUGUUUGAGGAGAUGUUGGCAGUUGCUAACGCCAUUAAACCAGAUAACAUAAUUUUCGUAAUGGAUGCCACUAUUGGACAGGCUUGCGAGGCACAAGCUAGAGCGUUUAAAGAGAAAGUAGACAUUGGUUCUGUCAUUAUUACAAAGUUGGAUGGGCAUGCUAAGGGUGGUGGUGCAUUAUCAGCUGUUGCAGCAACACAGAGUCCGAUUAUCUUUAUCGGUACUGGUGAACACAUUGAUGAUCUUGAGCCAUUCAAGACCAAACCUUUUAUCAAUAAAUUACUGGGUAUGGGAGAUAUCGAGGGUUUGUUGGACAAAGUAAAUGAGUUAAAAUUAGAUGAUAAUGAUGAACUCCUAGAAAAACUCAAGCAUGGACAGUUUACAUUGCGUGCUAUGUAUGAGCAAUUCCAAAAUAUCAUGAAAAUGGGACCUUUUUCACAAAUAAUGGGUAUGAUACCAGGAUUCUCUCAAGAUUUAAUGACAAAAGGCAGUGAACAGGAAUCAAUGGCAAAGUUAAAAAGACUUAUGACAAUUAUGGAUUCUAUGAAUGAAGGUGAGCUGGAUCACCGUGAUGGUGCCAAAUUAUUUUCAAAACAACCGACACGUAUAACAAGAGUAGCGCAAGGAGCUGGAGUCACAGAAAGAGAUGUAAAAGACCUUAUAGCUCAAUAUACCAAGUUUGCAGCUGUUGUGAAGAAAAUGGGAGGAAUCAAAGGUCUUUUCAAAGGUGGCGACAUAGCGAAAAAUGUUAAUCAAAAUCAAAUGGCUAAAUUAAAUCAACAGAUGGCUAAAAUGAUGGAUCCUCGUAUUCUCCAACAAAUGGGCGGUAUGUCGGGCUUACACAAUAUGAUGAGGCAAUUGCAACAAGGCUCCAGCGGUAUGAACAGUUUAAUGGGUGGAAAAUGACCUUAGAUGUAUAUGUAUUUGUAAACCACCAACCCUUAUAUAUCUUAAAACUCAUAAAUAAAGUGUGAUUGUA